CUUUGGGUCCAUGGUUGGGGUUCUGAAGAAAGCCAUGGUCCAAGCACUGGUCCCCUACCAUGGUUUUGCAGGGGAAGUUGCUGGUAACUCAGUGGGUGAGCCUGAACUUCUAUGCAAUAACCGAGGGGUAGAUUUCAUGGAGGCUUACCCAGAUGCAAAACCACAAGACCUCAGCUUGUAUAACCCUAACGACAGCAUUGAAGGCAAGCUUGUCCCUAAGAAGCCGCGUGGUGUCCUCUGUGUGCAGGUGAUUGAGCUCAAAUGUGGAGUCGUGGUGGGCUGUACAUUCGAUCAUCGGAUAGCUGACACAUAUUCAGUUAGUAUGUUCCUAGUUAAUUUCAUGGGCUGA